AUGUAUAACCGAAGGUUUGCAUUUGAAUUAAAAGAAAAUGAAUUUAUAACAGAUGAAGAGAUUUAUACCAGUCUAACAUCAGACAAUUUGUCGCAAAAUGGUUUAAAUGAAAUGUUACAAGAAAGUACAUUUGAUGUGUUACUAUUAAUCAACUCUUGUCAUUCUGGUGGUUUUUGUCCGGCGUUGAUGAAUGAACACAAGAUCGAUAUGAACAAUCAGUUUGAUGAAUAUUUAAGAUUAAACCUGAACAUUAGUCCUGAAGCUCGCACCAAUAUUGAAAAUUUAAGAGAUUGUACAGAUGAGCUUCCAGAAGAUUUUUGUAAUUAUAUUCAAAACUGGUUUCAAAUAUUUGGCGACAUCUCACAUUCAGCUAUGGUGAUUUCGUCAUGUAAAGAAAAUGAAGAAUCAUCGUUCCUAGGCAGUGUUUCACCAUUUUUUCGAUACAUUAUUGAUGUAUUCAACACAGCAACGAAUGUAACACCAAAUACACUGUACGAAAACUUACAGAGGAGAAUCCAUGAUAUGUUACCGAAUCUCCAAACAAACCUACAUAAUCUAGACCAACAUGUGCAACAACCAUUUAGAUUGGGUCAUUAUGCUGGUAAGACAAGUUUAAAACCAGUUGUUAAACCUUAUCAGUGA